UUCUAUCCCACGCUCUCAAGUUUUCGAUUAAAUUGCAUUGAAAACUCAAUUCUUAGCGAGUAAUAAUAAUGAUCGGAAGCUCUUACAACAAUUAUGAAUGUAGAAACUUUGCGGGAGAACCUUUGAAAGUUAGUUUCUAUUCGACGUCUUGUCCCGUGGUCUAUCUUUCUCCCUCUUUCUUACCCUCCCUCCCACCCCCUUCCUGUUAAAUCUGGUAAACGCGAAGGAGUAAUCAAAAUGCGCAUAUAGUUCGCGUAAAUCGAUCGACGAAACUUCUCGUGUUUACGAUGAUUCGGAAAGUUAUCAAUUUUUCAACUUGGUUACGCGCGUUUUAUUGAUAAACAGUGUAAUACUUAAAUAAAACGUGUACCUUUGUUAAAUAUCGGAAUAUUAUGAAUUCGCAUUUACGCAAGGAAAACGAUCGAAUGGAAAACAAUAACAGCAUGUGAAUGGUCUCAACCCUUUCUGCAUUAAUAAACAUCCCCCCGCAUUGUGAUUGAAGAGUAUACUUUUGAAAAGAGUGUUUAUCGACAAACUUUGAUUUGGUUCUACGCGUAAAUACGAGCUUUCCAGAAUUACUGUUAAUCCUUCUCUGUUAAUCAAUUUACGAGGACCUAUCUUGCAUCUCUAUCGAAUGUCUCCGAGGAGAACUUUGGAUAUAAUUAAAGGACGAGUAUUCGCAAGUCCUUGGAAAGAGAGGUUUCCGUUUGAUCUGGGCAGCAAAGCCACCGAAUAACACGGAAAGCAAUAGGAUAAAGACCGAGUGCGGAUAUAGUAAGUACUUUCGAGAGAACGACUUAAAGGCAGAAGAAAUAGGAUAAAAGAGAAUUGGAAAGAGAAAAGGAAGAACAAGUUCUUAGGCCCUCGACGAUACGUAAUUCGACCUUAAGGAGAAGAAUACGUUGAAAGUGGAAAAAAAGAAAAAAACGGAAGAAAUCUAAGGUAUCUCUCUCUUAGAGUUUUAUGGAACUUCUUGACGCCAAAUGAUUUUGUCUUUAGAGAAGAGGAAGAAGAAGAAGAAGAAAAUAGUUUGGUGUUGGAGAACAAUCAAAUCACGAAUAAUAGAAUGAAAGUGAAGGAAAGCGUAGCGAUAGAAUGCAAAUUAUUCCUCGUCAAAAUUUCCUACCCUCGUUAUUCGGGAUCGAUCGAUCUGGAAUGUUGAAGUAAAAGAAAGAAAGAAAGAAAGAAAGAAAGAAAGAAAGAAAGAAAAAGAAAAAGAAAAAGAAAAUAGCAGAGGGAUUGUCUAUAAAUUUGGGGAUAAGAAAAAAGAAAAAUAAAUGUACGCGUGUAUCGCGUAGAUAUAAAACGUGUUCGAUAGGAGAACGUUCGCGCGAUUACGUAGCAGUUCUCGAAGCUCUUGAAAGGAAGAAGGAAGAAAUAGUAGAAUGAGAGAAGCCAAGAAAGAUGAUAUUGAGGCGGAGGACUGAUUGAGAAAGAGAGAGAGAAAGAGAGAGAGAGAGAGAGAGAGAGAGAGAGAGAGAGAGAGAGAGAGAAAUGGCGACGAACGAGAGUAUUGGUGUAACGAGUGCGGCGCGUUGGGGUUUAUGGUUUGCUGCCGUACUCCUCGCAACGGCCUCGUCGUUGGUCUAUUCUCAGGUCACGUGGACUCCGAUCUACGUUGGCGGACAGAGCGGAUCGGAAGGUAAGGUGGAUCUUUGGACGCAAAGCACAAAAGGCUGUGCUUGCAACUUCAAUUCGUCUAGCAACGAAUGCGCUUGUUGCGUACCCUCCGGUGGUUGCAGCUGCGGCACAGCUUCGCCCAACAGGUGCGCUCAAUGUGGCCUCGAGCAACACUGCGCCAACAUGUGCAAUAUAACGCUGGACAGCAGAUUGCUAUUCAGUAAAUCUGAUCGUGGCUUUGGACAAAUAAAAUCACCGUCUCUCGAAGGUCCUUCAAGGUGUACCUACAGAUUCAUUCCGGAUACUGGACAGAGAGUUGAAUUACAAAUCUAUCGUCUAGUUUCUAUCGGACGUCACAACGACUCUGCGUGCCAAGGUGGCUGGCUUCAAUUCGAGGGUGGAGCUCGAGUCUGCGGUCGCAACAAACGAUUCGACCGACCGGUCGUCCUCUUUUCCGACAAGCCGGUCGCGACCCUUCACAUGCAAAUAAACGAGAACACCACGAGGUCCCAAUUCUUGGCAUACUUCAGCUUCUCCUCCAAAGCAAGUACGUCCGUUGGCUUACCCAUCAAAGGUGGACUUCCGGUAAAUAACACAGAAUGCGACUGGAUUUACGAGAGCGCUGAUUGCCAGGACGGAUGCGUCCUAGCUAGUCCCGGAUAUCCUGGCCUAUAUCCGCCAAACAUCCGCUGUCGGUAUCUCAUAACUUCCGGUCCACGAGUUUCUAUCGCCAUCAACUUUACCGCGGUACUACUUCCGCACAAUCACUGCACGAGCGACUACAUCGCCGUUUAUUCGGGCCCAACGACCUCCAGUCCGCUCUUAAAAAUGCUAUGCGGUAAAGAGAAAUCAUCAUUGAUGUAUAACGGCCAGGAGGUUCUCGUCGAAUUUAGAGCUGGUCCAGAGGUGUCUCCUUUCGAUUACAACGGCUUCGUAGCUACGGUAAACUUCGUCGAAAUCACGACCGAAAUACCUACCACGAUUACUACGGAAUCGACCAAUAAAACUUCGGAUAUCGUGAAACAAGUUACAAUUUACACCGGUCACAACGCACGUUACAACAAUCGAGACACUGACGAGCAUCGCAAGGAUCAAGGAUCGUCGACGGGACAUAGUUGUGACCUCGAAGUAAAUGGCGAAAAAGUUCGUUCGGGUCAUCACGACACCAGAGGCAAACACAAAUCAACGACCUGUCGUCUCAUCCUUCGUGGAGGCACUUACCAUACCGGACACGUCUCUUUGACUAGUUAUAAUCUCAGCGCCCAAUCCUGUCAGUCGAUGAUCGAGAUAUUCGAUGGUUUACCGGAAGGUGGUACGGCAAACACUGUGAAAUCCCUCGUUCGAAUUUGCAGUCCAGCACAGAGGCUACCACGAGAGUUUGCACGAGACGAGUACGUCGAGCCAAAACGAUAUUCAUCCAACGGUAGAGAUAUGACGGUGGUUUUAAGACGAGCUUCGAACACCACCACUGACGAGGAAUACAUGGACGUGUCCUAUUAUUUUCACAAUGAACGCGAAGGCGGUACCCAACAACCCGGAAGCUUAUGCGACGUCGAAUAUUAUGGAUUAACUUCGUUGGAGGAAGGGACUGUGGUACAUCCAGAACCACACCGAUUGUUCGCAGUCGAGGGCCCGGCAAAAUGCAAGCAACAUUUUAUUCCCGCGACAAAUCAGUCGGUCAUCAUAACCGUGGAAAGUAGUUCGAAACAGAUAUCUAAUAGUUUGUGCGAAACGAAAUGCGGCGACAGUGGAUGUCAUUGCGUUAGUAAUAAAUCAUUGGAGAAUAUGGAUCAUCUACUGCUCGUCUCUGAAACUGGUCAUGUCGUCACCUGUCUCUGUGGAAACUAUCAGGACUGGUUACCGGUAGGAAUCCGAAGUUGGACACCGGUUUAUAUCGAAUGGUCGAGAUAUUCCUUGGCAGGUCUAAAUUUUCGUGCCGCUUAUAAGUUCGUCAAGGAUACUUAUUGCGGCGAUCAUACGACCAGAAAACUGGAGGGAGAGGUCAAUGGCGGUGAUCUAGCAAAAGCUGGCUUAAAGCUCAAUCAGUAUUACCAACAGAAGUGUACUUGGAUUUUGGAAUCUCCUACCGAUCGACAGCUUACAAUUGAAGUGAAAUCGAAUCAGAGCAGACCAUGUACGGCAUGGAAUCUAACGAUCCAUAAGUACAACGAAAACGGUGAUCCCGCGGGUGAAAGAUUGCACACAUUUUGCUCUAGGGACGUGCACAAAAAUUUCACUCUACCUUGGAAGGAAAAUACCGCGGUAGUUAGAUUACAAGCAUUGGGAAGAACAGCACCUCAAUAUACGAUGAAGUGGAGAAGCCAUACCGUUAUCGCAAAUACUCGACAAAGUGGACCAUCGCCAGCCCCAAAUCAGAUUAGCGAUUCUUCGAUGGAGAUUAAACCGCAAAAUAAAAUUCUUUUUUUUAUCUUCUUCCUAAUAAUUUUCAUUUAUUCGAUCGGUUGUUGAGAUUUUUCUAAUCCUCGAUUAACCACGAUUUACUCGUUCCUGUUAAUUCAACGAAAAAAGAGUUUACUGUCAACUGUUAAACCUAAAUCAACUUUUGCAAAAGCUAAUCAUAAUAUUAUCACUUUUUACAAAGUAAUUAUUCGCGAAUCUAUCGACUGAUAAAUACGGAUAUUAUAUAUUCAUUUUUUAUUAUAACUUUUGAUUACUCGAAGAACACGUAAACUCAUAUUCGAAAUUUUAAACUUGCGUAGAAUUGAAACGACGCAAAUCAUUUGCUGCAAACAAAGUGUUAACAAAUAAUAAUUGAAAUAUCGUCGAUAGAUACGUUCAAAUUGUUUGCAAUAUUGUCGAUAAAAUGAACUCAUGAUAAUAUACAAUCAUUUGAAAGAGAUCCAAGAAAAAAACUAUGCGGCGUUUCGUAAGAAAACUUUAUCUUGUAAAACUAAAAGCUAUAUCAAGCUAGAAGUUAUACACCGAGUGUAAAUAUUAUAUAUAUAUGCAUAUACAUAAACAUAUACAUAUAUACAUAUUAUACAUAGAAAAUUAAUUUGCAAGAAACGCGAUGCACGGAUUUGAAUUAGCGAGAAAAAACUCACAUCAUCUUAAUUCGCGCGAAUGCCAAAUUAGACGCGUAAUAAUAAUAAUAAUAAAUAAUAAUAAUAAAUAAUAAUAAUAAUAAUAAUAAAAUAAAAGAACAAAAUAACGAUAUUAUAGAAAGAGAUUGUAAAUACGUCAUAAACUUAAUAGGAAUUUGUACAGAAUAAAACGAAUUAUGUAAGUCGCCGGAAUUAUUCUAUGUAAGAUAUACAUAUACAUAUACUUUAGAUAAGAAGACAUUGAUAUUUAUAACGACACGCGAUUCUAUGGAUUAAAGAAAUGAAACAAAUAUAAUAUUUUAAAAGAACGAGCUUUAUACCCGAGGCACUUUCGAAUUUAUUGUUGUAUGUUGUGAUAAUGAAAACACACAAAAGAGAUUAUCACAUCUUCCUACGCAAGAAUUCGUUUAUAAUAUAGAAAAUCUCUUACAAGUAGUACGAGCGAUCAUAUCGAUAGCAACAAAAACGUUCUAUUGUUGCAAUUGUGUAUUUAAAAUUGUUACGUAAUUCAAUAAUGAAUCGUUUAUGCCUUCGUUAUCCUUUGACAACAGUGGGUCAUUGAAUCAGAAAAAUAUUUCUUACACAAAGUGCUACUUAAAUACAUCAUUAGCAAGAAUAUAUGUUAAAAAGCAUCUAACGAGAGAAAUAAUGGUUGAACAAUUUUUAGAUGCAAUAUAUAAUUACAGUUUAAUACGCGACUACACACACACAGAGAGACACACACACACACACAUACAUACAUACAUACGAAUUAGAAAAUCACUGUACUUAUCCGUCGAAGACGAGUUUAAAGGAAUAAAUCUCAGAUUGUUAUAAUAUGAGAUUUAACGAACGUAAAAAGGAGUUAUUCAUUUCAUGAUACUAACGUGAGAUAAAAUUUUGAUGAUUAUACACCUUUUUAGAAUACCUUUAUUAUCUAUGCGGCCUAUAAUUAUAGUACUUUUCAUCCUUUCAUAUCUUUUUGCUAUAACUUUGGUAUAAAGCGUAAGAAGAAAUUAUUUUUUUUUUUAACGUAAGAUUUCGUUUGUAAUAACUUCGUGAAGACUGACUAGUUUUUCGAUGUAUUCCAUUUAGUGCAUAAUAAUAUGUUUAUGUCCAACUGAAAAAAACAUCAGCGGUAUUUAAUAAUUUCAUAUCGCGAAUGUGAAUUGUUUCUAACUAUUGUAAAAAUCUUCAAUUUCGUCAAAAAUAAAAAAUAAAACGAUGACGAAAAUUUGCCCGCAUAUAACGAGCACCGACUGUGUAUUAAACGAAUGACUUGAAUGACAAUUAAAAAGCAUAGAUUUUAAUUAUUAUUGUAAUAAGUCACCAAGGGAGAGUUUUAGAGAUGUGACUCGAAUGGUUUGUGUGUGUUAAAUCAGUAACGUGCUUCCUCUGAAAAACAGCGAUGACGACAACUAUUUCACGUUUAUUCGUGUCGGCUCUUUUUAGAAAUAUCAUUUGAAGAGUUUUGCACGUGUUAAUUAAAAUAAUAUAAGGUGUGAAACGAUUUCCAUUUGAAAAAGGAUUUUGAAAUAUUUUCACUUUAAGUGAAAUUACCGGUUUUGCACAAAAUAAAUACGUCUUACUCAUAGGAAGAAUACAUGUUACAUGUAAUAGUUACGUAUAUCUAAGUCACAAUAAAUAGUCAAUUGUUUCAUAUAAAGUAUAAAUAAAGUAAAAUAAAAUA